AUGCAGCUUCUGAGCAAGUUGAUGGCUAUCGCAAAACCUCACAGCCUUGCUCUACAGGAACAAAGUGAGAUCCUGAGAACAGAUGUGUCUUGGCAGCAGGAAACUAUCCCUGUCAUGGAGACAUGUGACUCUGAGGCAUCUCGUCAAAAGUUCAGAAAUUUCCAGUAUUUGGAGGUAUCUGGCCCUUAUGAAGCCCUGAGCCAACUCUGGGGGCUCUGUCUUCAGUGGCUGCAACCAGAGAUUCAUACCAAGGAACAGAUUCUGGAACUAUUGGUGCUGGAACAGUUCCUAACAAUUGUCCCUGAAGAAGUCAGGACUUGGGUCAAUUUACAGCACCCAAAAAACAGCAAAGAUGUGGUUACCCUCAUUGAGGACGUGAUUGAAAUACUCAAAAAUAAAGGUAAGACCUGCAAGGACUCUGUCCUCCAGAAGGGGGUCAUCAGGAAGGAGAAAAUGGAAACUGACUCACUAAGAGGCGAGCUCCAGGAGCCAGUGACAUUCAAAGAUGUGGUUGUGGAAUUCAGCAAGGAAGAGUGGGAGCAGCUAGACUCUGCUGGCAAGAGCCUGUACCGGGAUGUGUUGCUGGAAAACUACAGGAACCUGAAUUCAUUGCAUGAAGAUUUCCUCAUAUCCAAACCAGUUGAGAUCCCAAAGUUGCAAAGCAAGAAAAAUAGAUAGAUAAUGGAAAGAGAAAUUGGAAGAAGAACCAUUUUUGAUAACAACAUGGAGUCUGUUUCAGAAAACCAACUUUCAGUUCCAGAACAGAAAGUUUCUGGAGAAGAAUCAUCCCCUGGAAUAAUUGUGACAAAGCUUUUCAGAAGCAGACACCCUUCCUUAGCUCUCCAGAAAGAUGAAGAUUGGUUACACAGGAACCCGAACAAGCAGUAUGUAAAUUUGCCACAAGGAGCUUUCAUUCUUGAGACAAUGGACAAUGAGGGAGACUCUGAAUUUAGUGAAAAUAAGAAAAGCGUUGAUGUUAAGUCAGUUAACUCAAUCCAUGAUAUUCAACAGGGAAUUCCUGUAAGAAAUCAAUUCCCAAAGCAAGAUAAGUUUAAAACUAACUUCGAAUUUAAUUUAGACUCAGGAGAUAAACUGCAUUCAGAAUAUAAUUUAUGUGGAAAUGCCUUGAGUCCAAGUAUAGAUACUGUUCUACAGCAAAAAAGUCAUACCACGGUGAAUUUCUAUGAGUGUUAUCAAUGUGGGAAAGCCUUUAGCCGAAGUUCAUCCCUUAUUCGACAUCAGAUCAUUCACACAGGAGAGAAACCCUAUAAAUGCAGUGAGUGUGGGAAGUUCUUCAACCGACGCACAAACCUUACUAAGCAUCAAAAGACGCAUACUGCAGCAAAGGCUUGCCAAGGGAGUAAAUGUGGGGAAGCCUUCAAAAACAGUGAAGACCAUAAUAGAAAUCCAAGACUGCAUUCUGGAAGUAAUCCCUAUGAAUGUAUUGACUGUGGAAAAUGCUUCAACCGCAGCUCUUCCCUUAUUCGACAUCAAAUGAUUCACACGGGAGAGAAGCCAUUCACAUGUAAGGAAUGUAAUAAAACCUUCAACAGGCAUUCAAACCUUAGUAAACAUCAGAAACUUCACACUCGAGAUGAAUCCUGA